GCACGUCUUUUGUUUUCCGUUCAAACUGGUUAAUUUAACAAUUGAAAAGGUCACAAACACAAAUAGAAAAAAUAAAGUAAACACAAACCCAAAAUUCCACAGCGGCCCCCAGCCAAAGCAAACUCAAGACUCUAGCCUCUUUAUUAAGGACCGUCUCGUCUUCUCGAUAGUCCGUUAGUAUGCUCUGCGGUUGUUGAAUCUUUUUUAGAUUAUUCCUGAACCCUUCAAAACCCUCUUAUCUCUCUCUUCUAUCGCUUGGCCUGAUAUUCUUUUUGGCUGAGAGAUCAAGCAAAAAUGAGCGUGGUUGGAUUUGAUUUUGGUAAUGAGAGCUGCAUUGUUGCUGUCGCAAGACAAAGGGGGAUCGACGUUGUGCUCAAUGAUGAGUCAAAGCGUGAAACACCUGCAAUUGUAUGCUUUGGUGACAAACAGCGGUUCCUUGGGACAGCUGGGGCUGCUUCUACAAUGAUGAACCCUAAGAAUUCCAUCUCUCAGAUAAAGAGGUUAAUUGGUAGACAGUUUUCUGAUCCAGAAUUGCAGCGAGACCUGAAGACAUUCCCUUUUGUUGUCACUGAAGGACCUGAUGGAUAUCCAUUAAUUCAUGCACGGUACUUGGGUGAAGCUAGAACAUUUACACCCACCCAAGUAUUUGGAAUGAUGUUAUCAAACCUUAAAGAAAUAGCCGAGAAAAAUCUGAAUGCUGCCGUUGUUGAUUGCUGCAUUGGAAUUCCACUUUAUUUUACUGAUCUUCAGAGGAGGGCGGUCUUGGAUGCUGCUACUAUUGCUGGUUUGCAUCCACUUCGUCUGUUUCAUGAAACAACUGCAACUGCAUUGGCUUAUGGAAUUUAUAAGACCGAUCUUCCUGAAAAUGAUCAACUGAAUGUUGCCUUUGUUGAUGUUGGACAUGCUAGCAUGCAAGUAUGCAUUGCUGGAUUUAAAAAGGGGCAGCUGAAAGUGUUGUCCCAAUCAUAUGAUAGGUCCCUAGGUGGGAGGGACUUUGACGAGGUUCUGUUCAAUCAUUUUGCUGCAAAGUUUAAGGAGGAGUACAAGAUUGAUGUAUUCCAAAAUGCCAGGGCUUGUCUGAGGUUGAGGGCUGCUUGCGAGAAGCUGAAGAAGGUGCUUAGUGCUAAUCCCGAGGCACCUUUGAACAUUGAGUGCUUAAUGGAUGAGAAGGAUGUCAGAGGCUUUAUCAAGCGCGAUGAGUUUGAGCAACUGAGUCUUCCAAUUUUGGAACGGGUGAAGGGACCUUUGGAGAAGGCACUUGCAGAGGCAGGUCUUACAGUUGAGAAUGUACACAUGGUUGAGGUGGUUGGUUCUGGAUCUCGUGUGCCAGCUAUAAACAAAAUUUUGACAGAGUUCUUUAAAAAGGAGCCUAGGCGGACAAUGAAUGCUAGUGAGUGUGUUGCCAGGGGCUGUGCAUUGCAGUGUGCAAUUCUCAGCCCAACUUUUAAAGUACGGGAGUUUCAGGUCAAUGAAAGCUUUCCUUUCUCAAUUUCUCUCUCGUGGAAAGGUCCAAGUUCUGAUGCACAGGAAAGUGGACCAAAUAAUACGCAGAGAACCCUUGUUUUCCCCAAGGGAAAUCCCAUACCAAGUGUCAAGGCACUAACCAUCUACAGGUCAGGAACCUUUUCUAUUGAUGUUCAAUAUGAUGAUGUGAGUGAAUUGCAAACACCUGCAAAGAUCAGCACAUAUACUAUUGGACCUUUCCAAUCUACAAUAACUGAAAAAGCAAAAGUUAAAGUGAAAGUUCGGUUGAAUCUUCAUGGAAUUGUAUCUGUCGAAUCUGCAACUCUGCUGGAAGAGGAAGAAAUUGAGGUUCCAGUUUCCAAAGAACCAGCAGGAGAAAAUACCAAGAUGGAAACUGAUGAAGCUCCUGCCAAUGUUGCUGCACCUCCUAGCACCAAUGACAAUGAUGUUAACAUGCAAGAUGCUAAUUCCAAGGCAACUGCUGAUGCCCCUGGGUCCGAAAAUGGGACCCCUGAGGCAGGAGAUAAGCCUGUGCAAAUGGAUACUGAUACCAAGGUUGAGGCUCCAAAGAAAAAAGUUAAGAAAAUAAACAUUCCUGUGGUGGAGUUAGUUUAUGGGGCAAUGGCAGCUGCAGAUGUCCAGAAAGCUGUAGAGAAGGAGUUUGAAAUGGCUUUGCAAGAUAGAGUGAUGGAGGAAACAAAGGAUAAGAAAAAUGCAGUAGAGGCUUAUGUUUAUGACACGAGAAACAAGCUUAAUGACAAAUACCAAGAGUUUGUCGUUGAUUCAGAGAGGGAAUCAUUUACUGCUAAACUUCAGGAGGUAGAAGACUGGCUAUAUGAGGAUGGUGAAGAUGAAACUAAAGGUGUAUACAUUGCCAAGCUAGAAGAACUCAAGAAGCAAGGUGAUCCAAUUGAAGAGCGUUACAAAGAAUACAUGGAGAGGGGUACAGUAAUAGAUCAACUUGUCUAUUGUAUAAAUAGUUAUAGAGAAGCUGCAAUGUCAAAUGAUCCCAAAUUCGAUCACAUUGACAUCAAUGAGAAACAAAAGGUCUUAAAUGAAUGUGUGGAAGCUGAGAACUGGCUCAGGGAGAAAAAACAGCAACAGGACUCUCUUCCGAAAUAUGUCACCCCGGUACUUUUGUCAGCUGACAUAAGAAAGAAAGCUGAAGCUGUUGACAGGUUCUGUAAGCCAAUUAUGAUGAAACCAAAGCCACCACCACCCAAGCCAGCUACACCAGAAGCACCAGCAACCCCACCUCCUCAGGGUGGUGAGCAGCCACAGCAGCAGCAACAACAACCACCUGAGGAGAAUCCUAAUGCCAGUACUAAUGAAAAGGCAGGGGACAAUGCUAAUCCAGCCCCACCACCAGCAUCUGCUGAACCAAUGGAGACUGACAAACCAGAGAACACAGGCUCUGCUUAAUUUUUGUUGAUUUUGUCUGGUCUCUACGUUUUGUAUAACAAUUUGAAUUGUACCUGGAAAAAUCGUCGUGGGUGAGAGUUGAUGCUGGGAUUCUUUGCUGGAAAAAUUGGUAAUGGGUGAAUUAUCUGAGAUUCGGAUUAUUUUUGGUCAAAUCUACAUUCUAUAAGUGGAAUUACAAUGCUUGUUUACAUUUGAGUUAAAUGACCCUAUUUUCCUUUUGCGUGGCAUUA